AUGAGUGUGAAUAAUACACCGAAGCCAUCCGCCGCGGGCUUAUUGCGUGGCCGCUUCAGUGAAGCCACGGAUGAAUUUGUGGAAGCGUUCACCGCUUCUGUCAGCUUCGACCAGCGCCUGUCCCCCCAGGACAUUGCCGGCUCCAUUGCGCACGCGCGCAUGCUGAACAAAAUCGACAUUCUCAGCGAUGCAGAAUGUGACCAGAUUAUUGGCGGGCUGCAGGAUAUCCAGCGGGAAAUAGAAGGCGGCGAAUUCAAUUGGCAGGUAGCGCUUGAAGAUGUACAUAUGAACAUCGAAAGCCGCCUGAUCGAACGCAUUGGUGACACGGGCAAAAAGCUGCAUACCGGACGCUCGCGCAACGACCAGGUUGCCACGGAUAUUCGGCUGUAUCUGCGUGACGCAGUCGAUGAGCUAAUGCAGCUGGAAACCGCAUUGCUCAGCGCGCUGGCAGAUCUUGCCGAACAACAUGCAGACACCAUCAUGCCGGGCUUUACGCAUCUGCAGGCUGCACAGCCAAUUACCUUUGGUCAUCAUUUGAUGGCCUGGUUCGAAAUGCUGCUGCGUGAUCGGGAGCGUCUUGCGGAUGCCCGCAAACGGAUAAACAUUUUGCCGCUGGGUGCCGCAGCGCUUGCCGGCACGCCCUACAAACCUGACCGGGAAUUUGUCGCCCAGGCGCUCAGCUUUGACAGUGUCUGUGAAAACUCACUGGAUGCGGUCAGCGACCGCGACUUUGCCAUCGAAUUCUGCGCCGUUGCUGCCUUGACCAUGACACACCUGUCGCGCUGGUGCGAAGAACUGGUGCUGUGGUCGUCGCAACAAUUCGGUUUUGUAAACCUGCCGGACCGUUUCUGUACUGGCUCUAGCAUCAUGCCGCAGAAAAAAAAUCCCGAUGUACCGGAGCUGAUUCGCGGUAAAACCGGACGCGUCAACGGCCAUCUAAUCUCCCUGCUGACACUCAUGAAAAGCCAGCCGCUGGCCUAUAACAAAGAUAACCAGGAAGACAAAGAGCCGCUGUUUGAUACGGUGGACACCCUGCACGGAUGCCUUACCGCGCUGAAUGGCAUGGUGCCGCACAUCGAACCGAAUGUUGAAGCCAUGCGUGAAGCCACCUUAAAAGGCUACACCACAGCCACAGAUCUGGCCGACUACCUGGUACGUAAAGAUGUGCCGUUCCGCGACGCCCACGAGAUUGUGGGCAAAGCGGUUGCCCAGGCAGUGGCCAAAGGCAUGCCGCUGGAAGCCCUGAGCCUGGAAGAACUGAAUGGUGGAGGUGGUGAUGUGAUCACCGAAGAUGUUUACCAGGUGUUGAGCCUGUCAGGGUCCGUGGCUGCCAGAGACCACUUUGGCGGCACUGCACCAAACCAGGAUCGAGUUAUACUCGCCGGUUUUAACAACGCAGCAGUAAGACCCCAUGACAACGUGGCGCUGGACAACUCUACUGGUCCUGGUGAUGUGGACCGUUGCCACAAGCAUGACAACACCGCUGAUCCAGACAGAACAAUGACCGGCACGCACUCCCCUUACCUGUCGGAAGUAGACGGUCAUCUAUGGUUGGAGCGUGUCGAUCUGCUCGGUCUGGCAGACGCCGUCGGAACACCCGCAUACGUCUAUUCCAAGGCGCAUAUCACUGAUGCCAUCGAAGCACUCAAUGAGGCUUUUGCAGGGGUUGCUUUCAAUCUGCACUACGCCGUUAAAGCAAACUCUAAUCUUGCAAUUCUGAAGCUGUGCAGCGAGCUGGGCGCGGGUUUUGAUAUCGUUUCCGGUGGUGAACUCAGCAGGGUCAUUGCCGCUGGCGGCGACCCGAGCACCGUCAUAUUUUCAGGGGUCGGGAAGUCCAUCGAAGAGAUAGACUUUGCGCUGAAAGUAGGCAUUGAAUGUUUCAAUAUUGAAAGUGAAGCGGAGCUGCAUCGUAUUGCAGAACGCGCCGAAAUCAGCGGCCAGGUUGCGCCUAUCUCUAUUCGUGUCAAUCCGAACGUGGAUGCUCAGACACACCCCUAUAUUUCCACCGGCCUGAAACAGAAUAAGUUUGGCGUGCAGCCCGAACAGGCGCUGGCCAUGUAUCAAACCGCAGCGGAAAAUCCGCAGCUCAAGAUUGUCGGCAUCGACUGUCACAUCGGCUCGCAGAUUACCGAUAUUGAACCGCUGCUGGAUGCGUUCACCAACAUGUUGCGACUGGUAGAUGAGCUGGCAUCAAUGGGGAUUGAGCUGGAACAUAUUGAUCUAGGUGGCGGCAUGGGCAUUGUUUACCAGGACGAAUCCCCCCUGGAUCUGGAAACCUAUGGGGCAAGCGUCAGGCAAAUUCUGGGCGGGCGAGGGCAGACCAUUAUCCUUGAGCCUGGGCGCUCUAUUGUCGCCAACGCGGGCGUCCUGCUGACUCGUAUCGAAUAUCUGAAAGAAGCCAGCGAGCCUGACGCACCAAACUUUGCAGUCGUCGAUGCGGCCAUGAACGACUUGAUUCGCCCGGCCUUGUACCAGGCCUGGCACGAUGUGCUGGUGGUCAAUCCGAACCGGACAUUACAACCCCGCCAGUGGGAUAUUGUCGGCCCGGUUUGCGAGUCGGGUGACUUUAUUGCCAAGGAUCGAUCACUUGGCCUGGAGGCCGCCAGUGUGCUGGCUGUUGCGUCCGCCGGUGCCUACGGCAUGGUGCAGGCAUCUAACUACAACAGCCGCGGUCGCGCCUGCGAGAUCAUGGUCGACGGGGAACGUGCUGUGAACCCCCGCCGGCGUCCGCUUGUGUUCCACAAGAUGCACAGCCUGGGCAAUGAUUUCAUGGUGAUUGAUGCUGUUUCCCAAUCCAUCGAUCUCAGCAAUCAAGCCAUUGCAGCCUGGGGCGACCGCCAUCGCGGCGUCGGCUUUGACCAGUUACUGAUCAUUGAGGCCCCAUCAACACCGAAAGCAGAUUUCAGCUACAGAAUAUUCAAUGCUGACGGCAGCAGUGCACAACAAUGUGGUAACGGCACCAGAUGUGUGGCGAUGCUGGUACAACAACUCGGAUUAAGUGCCAAGCAGAAACUGGUGUGGCAGUCCGCAGCUGGAUUAUUUACAACGGACUUCAGUUCUCCCACCCAGAUUGAAACCACCAUGACGGUACCUGUACUCAAUCAUGCGGACAUACCUUUUGCACCCGAACACAGCGAUACAACCGACAAUCCGUCAGUUUUCACCCUGCAAGCGGGUGAACAGAGCUUCAAGGUGACACCGGUAUCUAUGGGUAACCCUCACGCGGUGCUGUUCUGUGACGACAUCUUCAGUCUCGACAUUGACGAAAUUGGCGGACUGCUCACCAGCCACCCUGCAUUUCCGGAAGGUGCCAAUGUAGGAUUCUGUCAGGUGGUUGAUCGCCAGUUCAUACGUCUGCGGGUAUUCGAACGCGGCGCAGGGGAAACUCAAGCCUGUGGCAGUGGUGCUUGUGGCGCUGUUGUUGCCGCACGACUGCACGAUAAGGUUAGCGAACGCGUUAAAGUAUCUUUGCCCGGCGGCAAGCUUCGAAUCAAAUGGCCGGAUACAGACAGCCCGGUUACAAUGUCUGGCGAUGCAAGCUACGUUUACCGCGGCGAGCUACAGCUGGAUCAAUAG